GGCGUGUUUCCGGCCAGCUCAGCAGCCGCCUUCCGCUCCGCCGCGACGAUCGCCGGUAGCAGCGGAGAGGCCGCGCCGCGCCCCGCCAACAGCAGGGCCCUACUCGGGAGCGCCGAGACGGCUGCCAAGAGGAACGGGAAGAAGCCGGAGAAGCGCCGCCGCCAUGCUGAGCGUGUUCCGCUCCAUCCCCACGCAGAUGGACUACAAGGGCCAAAAAUUAGCAGAACAGAUUUUUCAAGGAAUCAUUCUUGUCUCUGCAGUAAUUGGUUUUAUCUAUGGAUACAUCACUGAACAGUUUGGAUGGACUGUCUACAUAGUUAUGGCUGGAUUUGCUUUAUCAUGUUUGCUGACGCUGCCCCCGUGGCCCAUGUACCGCCGCAAUCCCCUCAAGUGGCUGCCGGUCCAGGAGUCGGGCACGGAAGAGAAGAAGGCAGCAGACAGGAAGCCAAAGAGACAUUCCAAAACCUAAAAAUGAUGGUGUGCAGGCUGUUACUUUGUUAAGUUUUGUUAAAUUAAUUUCUAUUGAGAAAUACUUCUUGGCUUAGUGGUUGGGUUUUUUCUUAGUACUUUGUAUCCAUCCACGAAUACAACCAAGCUCUGCAGGGAGCGUGAAGGCUGGAAAUUGGGUCUGGAGGUUCAGGGGAGUCACUGGGAACAAAAGGAUGGGGGGAUUAACUUCAGAAGGCUACUGGAGGUCACAUCUUGAGUAUUUCACUAAAAAGGAACACAGUGAAUAAAAUGAAUUCUAGUUAAGCUGUUGCCAUAGCCUAAAAGAUUAAUAAACAGCUAAACUUCUACUGAAA